CAACUUCAAGCAUUUGACUAGCUUAGUGAAUUAGCACUCCAGCGACAUGGUCAAUCCGCUUGAAGUCCCUCCAUACUUCCUCCAACCUCUCAUCUCUAGCAUCACUGCAGGAACUGUUACGUGUGCCCAGGCAUUUGGGUCCGAAAUAUACGUUGGGUGCUCGAAUGGUGAGCUCCUGCGCUAUGCCCUCCAUCCAGAUACAGAUCCCACCAAGCUAGACUCUUACGCUCUACUCUCGCAACAGAGCCACUCUUCUGGCAAGCAGAUCGACGAGCUCAUCCUCGUACCUUGUAUCGCGAGAGCGCUGAUAUUAUGUGAUCGUCAAUUACAUAUAUACACCCUCCCUUCACUUGAUCUUAUCCCGAACACUAAACCAGUCCGCAAUAUCGAGGCUCUCGCAGUCGAUCAUAACCACCUCCAGCGCCCUGCCGCGACCUCACUUACCACUAGAGCCACUUCCACAUCAACAAAUUUUUCUACUGAACGAGGAAAAAAUAAUGCCGUCGACCUCUGCGUUAUAAAGCGCAGUACUAUUGCCAUGUAUAGCUUGAGCGAGGAGAAGUUGACAUAUGCCAGGGAAAUCCCUUUCCGACCUGGAGCCAUCCGUGCUCAGCGUUCAGGACGCCACCUAUGCAUUGCGACCGCAGAUAUUUACAGUGUAGUCGAUCUUGCAACUGCACAGAUGUUUGAGUUGCUUCCGGUAACACAAGUCGAGGUCACGCCGGGUACGAUUAAACCACAUAUCAUUGUCAUAUCUCCAUCCGAAUUCCUUUUACUGAGUUGGACGGGCGGGAGCACUCUUGGCCUGUUCGUCACCGGUGAAGGUGAUCCCGUGCGUGGAACACUUGAGUGGCCAGCAUAUCCGGUGUCCGUGUGUCUCGACUUUCCCUACCUAGCAACACUUCUCCCAAAUGGCACAAUCGAAGUGCACAGUGUUGAAACUCAGACGAUUGUCCAAGUCAUUCCAGCGCCCGAUUUUGGCGAAGGGGGGAGGCCAGGCUUGAUCUCGUGCCUUGCUGGUUAUGCAGCACCCUCCUCCGAGUGUAGGGACAAGAUGAGGAAAGUGAAAGUUGGGUUGGUGCGCAGUGGGAACGUGGCGCCGAAGAUGGACGACGAUAAGGUCCAUGAAGGCCAAAACGAGAAAAUGGAAGAAGUGGAGAAUGAGAAAGAUGCAGAUUUGCCAAGCGUGUCUAUAUGACCGACCUGAUUGGUCGCCACCAGCUAUUGACUAUCAGGGAUUUGAGCCAGUACAAGUUGGGUUGGCUCACAUCAAACACUAGCUGUGAAAGGAAAUUUAGAGCCGGACACUCGACACUAUUGGUGACGAUGACAGCAUUUGCAUUUAUACCUACAACAGACACUGUCAUAGGAAGGAUUUACGUUGUCGUCAUCACUGGACCAUCGGUAGUAAACAUCACCUCUGUUGAGAUAGGUCUUCAACCUGCAUACCUUGACUUGGACUGGGUGCGACAUCAAGCACAAGGCUAAACUCGCAGUCGACAUUGCCCUCGUCUGGAAACCGGGUGAGGAGUCAGUCUCUUUCUAUUCCCUCGAUAUGUCACCGCAGAUGUGUCUCGCAGGCGUUUAAUUCGGGCUCUGUUUGGGCCGUAAGCAUCCCUAGUACGUAUGUGCCUUUCGGUCUUUUCUGCAGAAAGUAACAUUCAGCUACAAGCAUUAGGAAGGGGAUUACAGCGA